AUGACUUCAGAAAAUGACAAAAAUGCUAUUUUAUUACACAAAUCAUUAUGCAAUUUCCAAUUUUUGAUUACAUGCUCUAUAAUGGAGAGAGUACUUGGUAUAACAUAUACAAUUUCCAAAUAUUUACAGACAGAAAAUAUAGAUAUUAUAACCGCUACUAAUUUAAUAGAAACAACAAUUACAAAAUUACAGAAUUUAAGAAAUGAUGUAGAGUUUCAAACAAUAUUUGAUAGUGUUAUUGAAAUUGCUGAAAAGGUUGGCGUGACUCCUAUUAUCCCACGGACUGUAGGAACUCAAAAACACCGGACAAAUUAUACUGUAAAUAAUGGUGAUUGUUGCACAUACUAUAGGGUAUCAAUUUUCUGUCCAUAUUUAGAUGAUUUGCUUUCAUCUUUUAAUGAAAGAUUUAAUUCAAAUUCUAAUUUAAUAUCUUCACUUUCACCAUCUAAAAUAAAAAAUAAAAUAUUUGAUGAUUUACAAACCUCUUUAGAAUUUUAUAAAGAUGACUUAAAUAUAGAUUCCUAUAAUUCAACCUUAAAGGGAGAGUUUGAAUUAUGGCAAAUGAAGUGGGAAACAGAAAAAGUUAUUCCAACCAACUCCCCUGAUACAUUAUUAAAUUGCCCAGAAGAAAUUUUUCCUAAUAAAUAUACAAUGUUGAAAAUUUUCUCAAUAUUGCCAGUUACUACAGCUUCAGUUGAAAGAACUUUUUCAACUCUUAAGCGUAUAAAAGCUUAUUUGAGAAAUUCAACUAGUGAAAAUAGACUUAAUGGACUAGCACUACUCAAUGUACAUAGAGAUAUAGAUUUAGACAUAGACUCAUUAAUUGAUGUUUUUGCAAACAAAAAAGAGAGACGUCUAGAUUUUAAAUUAUAA